UGUCAUUCCUUAUCGGCCAUUGACAACAGUUGCUUCUCUUGCCCCUUCACACUAAUCAGCCUGAGUUUCAUACGACAAUCAUUCGCUCAUACAAACAGAAGCUGUAGUCUCCCUUUUCUCUUUCAUACUCUCCAAAUCUACCCUUACAAGAAAGGUAUUGUAAUGGAAGCCAAGUUCUUUCGAUUCCUGAAAAUUGUGGGUGUUGGUUUCAAGGCUAGAGCUGAAUCAGAAGGCCGUCUAUUGUAUCUCAAACUUGGUUACAGCCAUGAUGUUGAACUGACUGUACCCCCAGCUGUGCGAGUGUUCUGUUUCAAACCCAACAUAGUUUGUUGCACUGGGAUAGACAAGCACAGAGUGCACCAGUUUGUUGCUGCUGUACGUAGCUGUAAACCUCCAGAAGUUUACAAAGGGAAAGGCAUAAUGUAUAUUGAUGAAGUUAUCAAGAAAAAACAGGGAAAGAAGUCGAAGUGAUCAUCAUCUUUUCUAGAUCUAAUCACUUUCCAGAAAUGUGCUGACAUUUGGACUCAAAAUAAUGCCUUUUUGUACCAUUAUCAAUUUUACUUUUACUUAUUUUGAAUUCUGAAUUGGUGCUUUGAAUUUUAAGAUUCAGCCUGGGU